CAUGCCCCAUGUAACUUGGGGGUGAAUCUUGUAUAAAUAGGGCAUCUCGCUCUUAGCCUUCUUGCUCCAUAGUCUUUCCUUUCCUCUUCUGCCUUUUUAACACCAGAUUUAAAAUGUUUUUGAUAUAUUUUUUGAUGGGUUUAGUAACCCAAGCGUCAGCCCUUGAUGCUUGCCCUAAAUGUGGUAGCAUGGAAGUCCCAUACCCACUAAGCACCAGUGAUAAUUGUGGAGAUCCUAGGUACAGAAUCUACUGCAACAAUGGUGUCCUAGAAUUCUUAUCAUCUGUAGGGUUUUACUACAAGAUCCUGAGCAUUAACCCUAGUGCUUAUAAGCUUGUUAUAGAGCCUCCCAUGAUACAGAAAAACACUUGUUACUCUUCUGAUCUUGCUUUUGGAGGGUUAAAGCUUUCUGAGAACUUGCCUUUUAAUAUUUCUACUCAUAAUACUGUCAUGUUAUUUAACUGCUCUGAAAAUAUUCUCUUAUCACCAUUGAACUGCUCAUCAACCAGUUUUUGUAGGCAGUUUGAGGAGGCAGAACAAGAGGGAAGUGGAUGCAAAGGUACCCUCUGUUGCCAUUUCUUGAAAGAUGCAUCAAUGACUCAAUAUAGGAUUCGGGUCAGGGUUGGAGGGUGCACUGCUUAUACUUCUGUUGUGGAUAUGAAGCCUGGAGAUCCCAUUGGUGCAUGGAACUAUGGCAUUGAGCUCCAAUGGGUGCCUCCAAAUUGACCGUUUUAGGGUCUUUGUGUUUUGAUAACGUGUCUUCAUAGUACUUGUUAUGUGUGCUUUAUGUUCAUCUUAUUUGCAACCUUAUAGUUACUUUUAUGGGUCUCUUUCUGUUUAAUUAGAGAAUAAACAUCUGGUCCUAUCAGUUUCUUA